GGAAGAGGAAAGGGAAGGGGGCGGAGAGCCGUUAGGGCGCGUGGGUGGCGGCGGCAAGGGAGGAGGAGGAGGAGAAAGGUCCGGCCGGUCAGCCGGCGGGGCCCGUCUCGGCGGCGAGCCAGAAAGAAACUGCAAUGGAGAGUACAAUAUCGGUCACUUUCCUUGUAUCGUUUUUCAUACUACUAUGUGAAAGUUACCAUCAUGGAGUGGAGACAGCUACUGUUGCACAUACAUUAGAGAGAACUUUUCCAAAAAAGGCACCUGGCGUUAACAUUGACUUGGCAGGAUUAAUACAGAAGUUUCACCUUCAAGAACUUUUUCAUCGUUAUGGAGAAAACAAUUCUCUGUCAAUGGAAGGGUUUAGAAAGCUACUCCAGAACAUAGGCAUAGAUAAAAUGAAGCUAAUUAAAAUAGACCAUGAUCAUGCCCAUGAUCAUGACCACGAUCACCACCCUCAUCACAAUCAUGUUUCGUUGAGUAAGAGCUCCGAGAAGACUGUUUGUCCAAACCAUGAAUCUGAUGCUAACAAAGACCACAGGAACAGUCACUCAAAGGAACCUCAUAAAGUAGAGAAUGUAGAACGACAGCAGAACUUUGUCCGCAGCAAGAACACUGUUAAUCAAAUAACCACGUCUGUCGUCACCGGUUCUGCAGGUGGCCGCUCCGAAUUACAGAAUAUGCAACGUGGAGAAGCCAAGCCAGUUGGUCGUUUAGUUCUGACCAGCCCUAAUGCUGUUAAUGCCACAGGUGGCAGCAAUGCAAGCUGGCUUGCUAACAGCAAAGCAAAUGAAUCUCAUACUUCUCCAAAGGAAUUGGAAAGAGGAAGUUACCUGUAUUCUAAACUGAAAAACCAAAAUACCCGUGAGUGCUCCAGUGCGUCAAAACUGAUGCAGUCCCAUGGAAUAGACACUCAGGUAUUGUUGACUGCUACAGAAUUUAGUUACCUCUGUCCAGCUCUUAUUAAUCAGAUUGAUGGCAAAUACUGCAUAGUCCAUGCAACCAGUGAAAAAGCUGAAACUCCUCCAAAAGGUUACUCUCUGCAAAUAGCUUGGAUUGGUGGCUUUAUAUCCAUCUCCAUCAUUAGUUUUCUUUCCUUACUGGGAGUUAUAUUGGUACCACUGAUGAAUCGCGUAUUCUUCAAAUUUCUCCUGAGUUUUCUUGUGGCAUUGGCUGUGGGGACUUUGAGUGGAGAUGCUUUCUUACAUCUCCUUCCACAUUCUCAUGGAAACCAUCACCAUCACCACGAAAAACCUCUGCUUGAACAAAAUAAAGGUGCUAUGUACAAACAUCUUGUUUUUCGAAGUACAGAGGAGAGUGCUUACCUGGAUUCUACAUGGAAGGGGCUUACAGCACUUGGGGGCUUGUAUUUCAUGUUUCUGGUGGAGCAUUUGAUCACUUUAAUAAAGCAGUUUAAGGACAAGAAGAAAAAGAAAAAAAAUGAAGAUGAUGGAGAAAGUAAGAAGUUUUCAGCGAAUGAAGAGAAAUUAGACACAGAUGAUCGGCCUGAAGGCUACCUAGGGUCAGACUCUCAAGAUCCAUCGCCAUUCAUUUCUCAGCAGCCAGCUGUGCAAGAAGAAGAAGAAGUGAUGAUAGCUCAUUCUCAUCAAGAGGAGGUUGACAAUGAAUAUGUUUCCAGGGGCUGUAGAAACAAAUGUCAUUCUCACUUGCAUGAUACUCUAGGACAGACAGAUUAUCUUAGUCAUCAUCACCAUGACUACCAUCAUAUUCUGCAUCACCAUCAUCAUCAGAACCAUCAUCCCCACAGUCACAGUCAACGCUACUCGCGUGAAGAACUGAAGGAUGCAGGGAUAGCAACUCUGGCAUGGAUGGUGAUUAUGGGAGAUGGACUACACAAUUUUAGUGAUGGCCUAGCAAUUGGAGCAGCCUUUACUGAGGGGUUAUCCAGUGGUUUAAGCACUUCUGUGGCUGUAUUUUGCCAUGAAUUACCUCAUGAGCUAGGAGACUUUGCGGUGCUUCUCAAGGCCGGUAUGACUGUCAAGCAAGCCGUGCUGUACAACGCCCUGUCCGCCAUGCUGGCCUACCUGGGCAUGGCCACCGGCAUUCUCAUCGGUCACUACGCAGAUAACGUUUCCAUGUGGAUAUUUGCACUCACUGCUGGCUUGUUCAUGUACGUGGCGCUUGUGGAUAUGGUGCCUGAAAUGCUCCACAAUGAUGCCAGUGAUCAUGGAUGUAGCCGGUGGGGAUACUUCCUGUUACAGAACGCUGGAAUUCUGUUGGGUUUUGGGAUAAUGCUGCUUAUCUCCGUAUUUGAACAUAAGAUUGUAUUCAGUAUAAACCUCUAAUCCUGCUUGCCAGAAAGACAGCUUGGUGUUAAAUUUAAGUGGUAGGUUUUUUCUAUUAAAUUCCCUAGUGGAGAGGUACGUUUGAUAUAGACUAGAUAUUUUUAUUUGUGUGCUUUAUUAUGUCCCUCCCUCCCUCCUCCCCUAGUAGGACUAGACACUGUAAGGCUUUUUUUUUUCACUUAGGAUUUAGCAUUGCAUAUGGUACUGUGGAAAGUUGUACUUAGUUAAACAUGGUGAAAGUGCCAAAUCUAUUAAAGCAGUAUUGUCUAGGGGGCUAGGGGUUUUUUUUGUCGUAAGUUUGUUUACUGUAUGUGAUUAUAUGUAACAUUUUUUUACUUCAAUGGUUUUGUUGGCUUAAAGAAAUAAAAUGCCAGUGGUUUUUAUUUUAGCACAAUCAAAAUCAGUGGAUACCAAGGACAGUGAGCAGCGUAAAACAAGAAAAAGACAUGUAAGGCAUAGCAUAUGUUUACAUUGGUAGAAACUCAUCUCUUCUGCAUCCACCUAGUUUACACGGAGUGACAGAUGAGUCCACUCCAUCCUUUUUGUGGUGGUUCUUCUUUCAGUAUCUUGUGGUUUCUUUGUGUCUUAUUCCAGUUGGCUUCUACUUCAAACAAAUUCUUGUGAGAUCCUGUUUUAAGUGUUUGUACCAAAUGUUUUACUUGUUUCAUCCUUUCUGAUAUGAGUUGCUCUUCACCAAUUUUUCAAAUCAGCAACAGAAGUACAGCUAUUAGACUGUAAAAGCAUAGCUCUAGUUCUAAUAUACAUAAAUUCCAUCAAAAAGACUUUUAAAGUAGUCCUAUAACCCACUUAUGCUGCCUGAAAUGGCAAAGGUAUAUUAUAUCUGUUAUCAAGAGGAGGAGUGCUACAGGCUGAGAUAAACAGCCACUUACUACAAUAAUUUCCUUAAGUAAACUGUUGCUUCAGGAAAUGAGCUGAGUGGGAGAGCUGACUACUUCUAGUUCAGUGUGAUUGCACACAAACCUGUGCAAAACAGUUUUAUAUUGCAACAGCUAAAGCUCAUAUCUAAAAUAGCAAAAUCUCUUUGACAGCAUAUAUAGGGAAGUAGCACAUUAAGGAUAAUCAUGAGUCUAUACGUAAGUAUGUAGUUUGAGCUUACAGUCUUAAUAUUUUGUAACUGAAGGAAGGAAAAGGAUGAAAAAGAUAAUAGCAAAAUAAAUAAAUUCUCCAUUUUAAGGGAAGGUGAACAUUAAGCAACUUCUAUAUAAUGAAUACAUAACAGAAUUGUGUUACCUUAACUAGCUAGCUUUUAAAAUCCCAGAAAUAAACCAAUUAGACCUUAUUUCUGAUUCAACUUUACCACUGCUUCACAUCUUCAGCUGAAUAAAAAGCUUGAACAAAGAGGAAGUGUUUGAGAAUCCCAUGUCUGACAGGUUAAAACAAUCUGUCAGAAAGCCAAAGCUAGUGUACCACCUCAGAAAUAGAUGUUUGGAAUUAACUGAGGUUUGUUUUAGUUGGAGGUGGUGGUUUUGUUUUGGUGUUUUUUUUAUUUAUUUACUAGUUAAGAAAUGGAGAUCACAGGAGUUUCUGCAGCUGGUGUAAUAUUAGCUUUUCCUCCUCCUUCAGUCUUUCCUCAGGUUAACAAGGUUGAGAUUUGAUCUUCUUUUCACAAGGUGCACUUCCUUCAGCUCUGCUGAUGCAUCCUCAGGGAGCACUGAGCUGUGGUGGAGUCUUGCCAGCACCCCCGGAUCUGCUUGUAUAUGAACCUGUAUCUCUCUUUGCUUGGUGAGCAGUUGUUUCACGUUUUGCAUUUCUUUUGUUCUAUGCUAUUGCACUUUGAGCAUCUGGACUUCUGUUAGAAGCACAUCUCUGAACAAAGGGCAGAUGCACUCUGCCAGAGGGGUUCUACAGCUUGAGGUGCAGAAGAGUCAUGCCAUGGCACAACAGCCAUCUGCUCAGUUUUCAUAGCAUCUCCUUGAUCAUCCUGGGCUUUUUUCACUCUUUCUUAUAGCAGUUGUAUUCCAGUGUUCCCAAACUUGAAUUUCUAGUAUCUGUGAAUAUGAUGAAAAAUGGAUAUAUAUCUGCCUGUUGCUUCUGUAUCUCUGAAUCAGAGGCGGUAACUUCUACUUCUUUUUUACAUUGUCUAAAUUCCUAUGACAUUUCUGCCCUAACCUGCUCUGUGACCAUUUCUUGACUUUGUAGCUAAAACUAUGGCUAAAACCCAGCUGCUGAUCUUCAUCUUUCCUUUGCUUGAAUACCAGGAUCUUUGGCUCAUGGAAAGCUGUUCCAUUUCUGGUGUGUGCAUGUUGCUGCUUCCUUUAGAAAAACAGAAAGUUCAACCCCACCCCAACAUGAACACACACACUGAACCUGCCAAAACUGAAUUUUUCAUGCCCUGACAACUGCUUUUUCCAAGAGCUCCACUCUUAGCAGUCCCACCUCAUUCCAGAUCUCUCAAAAUGUGGCUGCUUUUCCCCAGGAAGUCUGUUCCUGAUGUCCUUCCAUGCAGCUGAACAUGCUGCCCUUUGGAAUGGUCUGUCUUGACUCUGUCCUGUUUAAAUGAGUCUUGCCUUUGCUGGCGGUAGUGGUGCUGGUUACCACUGGAGCUGAUGUGUCUCAGUUCAUGCUCCUGGACUGCUCCUCAGGAGCAAGAUGCGUUCCUCAGUACAGUUUCACCCCCUCUUCCCUCCAGACCUCUCAUCACAGCUCUGUUCUGCUGAAAUGCAGUGACUGAGGUGUGACCUCGCUGCAUCCAGUGGGUUUUGUAGGUCUUGGGCACUGUGUUUACCAGGGGUCUAGUAAACCACCAUAAAAUCCAUGGGUUUAGCCUGUGGGUCUUUCACCUUCUGUCCCCCACCCUCAGCCCUUAUGGAUGUUGGGCAUGGUCCAUCUCUUUGGUCAUCAGGGCCUUCAGACUUGGAUGGGUCCCACGUCCUUUCACUUUGAGUUUUUUUACUAGUGGUUUGUGUUAGGCCACAGCCUUCAGAGCUGCUUGUUCAGCUGGGCUUUCCUUGUCCCGUGGGUGGCUGUGAAACAUGAAGCAGGCAUGUUCUCAAAGAGAUUUUUAAGAUCUAUGGCUAAGUAAUGGAGAUAAAUAUAUGAGUUUCAGCCAGUUCUUGGUUGGCUUUUGAUCUAAUCAACUGACAUUAAAAUAUCUGCCUAUCAAAACUAGCACUAGAACAUCUGCAUAUCAAAACACAUUGCUAAGGUAACAGCCUGAAAAAUAAAUUGCCUUCAGAGCAUGUGGGCAGAAAUGGCUCGAUAAGCUACACCAGCAUAUCCUGCCCAUGUCCAUGACAGGCAGCUGUCCAGACUAGUCACUAGGAAGACUCUAGAGUGAAACCUGCUGUACCUUUGUACCAGCAAGUUGACAAAAGUUUUUUUUUUGUGGGUUUUGUUUGGGUUUUGUGGGGGUUUUUCAAUUUGUCAGCCUUACAAAGUAGAAUCUGUAUCUGUUGCAAUGUGCUUGCGUUGAAAGCCCUCCUGGUUGGGCAAACUGAUGGGGCAGAGCCUCUGAGCAGCCCUUCAUUUUCAUGUGUGUGUUUUUGUGCAGCAGUUUGUAAGGUGCCUGGCUCUUCCCCCUGAGAAAUGAUGUGUGUCUGUUUUGUGUAUCCCUCUGUACCUUAAUUAUCACACAGACCUUAAUUUUAUAUGCUGUUACAGCUGCCUUAUUUAGUGUCUGUGCUUGAUGCGGUCAAACCAUGCUGGGAUCAAAGUUAUUUUCAUUGUAACAUGUUCUUCUGAAGGUUUUGGCCUGGAUUUGUACAGAAGAGGUACCGUGGGCAGUGAGAGUUUAAGGAAGGGGGGUGUCCCUGCGCCGGGGUGACCAGGGCUACCUGUAUUUCAGAUGUGGUCACAGCUAAGGUGUAAUUCUUGGCCUGCCCGAGCUGAGGGAGCAGCAUAUUUCAAAUGUCUGUGGAUAAGAACUGGGUCACUGUGUUUGCUGCCGCGGAAGGUGCUGUAAUGAGGGUGUGUUUAUUGGGAAUGCGGGUUCGGUCCGUGUGCGCUCGCUGUGGCUGUACCGCUGCCGCUGGAGACAAUAAACCACUGAACCAA